AAGAAGAGGAUAAAAUCAACCUGACAAUAAAAGUUCCUGCUAAUAUCAGUGUUGCACCAUCACGUGAUUCUAUAACGAUGGUGGAAGGAGAUGCUUUAGUACUGAACUGCACUGCCACAGGAUGCCCAACACCAAAUAUCACAUGGACAAAGACUGCAGGAGUGAACACACCAUUAGUUAGUGGCAAUGUCUUCUUUUUAUCUUAUUGGAUGAAGACGUUGAACAAAAAUGACACUGGUUAUUACAAUUGCACAGUAGACAAUGGAGUUGUUGGAAGUCCCCUUCACAGAACAAUCUAUGUGAAUGUAACGUAUAAACCAUAUCUUACGAACCUGACCAGCACAAAGACUGAAGCCUGUCUGAAUGACACAGUUACUUUACAAUGUACAACAAAUGCCAACCCACCAGCACAUGAAUAUCGCUUCUACUUGAAUGAUCAGCUUGUACANACCAGCAUGUCUGGAGUCUAUCAGUUGAAUGUUCCACAAGCAGGCAAUAACACAUACAAGUGUGAACCAAAGAACACUGUUGGAKCUGGACAGAAUGCGACAGUUGUCAUUCAGACUAAGGGUCCACCAACCAUAAUCGUUCUACCACAAAACAUGACUGUAACCGAAGGUUCUGAUGUCAAUUUUACAAUCACUAUCAAUGGUACUGGACCUCUUAACGUGUACUGGAAUACGUCUGGUCAGUUCGUGGAGGCUCUGAAUGGACGGGCAAUCUAUUUACAGAAGGUAAAUCGAACUGAUGAAGGUCGUGUCGUGGUAACAGUCAAGAAUGGAGACGAAUGUCCACGAGCUGAAGCUGAUGCUUACCUUACUGUGGACUAUAAACCUGAAAAUACCACCAUAUCAACCAAUAGAAGCGACAACACUUUCCUCAAGGGAGACAGUUUGAAUUUGUCCUGCUCGUCAACAUCAAAACCACAAUUGUGCAACGUGACGUUUUACCAUGGCAACACUGUUAUUCAAAGCUACUAUGAUAAGACAUGCGCAGGAGCAGAUGCUGCUAGUCACGUGAUAAAAAGUAUUGAUGGAUGUAACUUGGAAGAAUAUUCAUGCGCUGCUAGAAACCAGUACGGAAAACAAGAGGCAAAAAUCAACCUGACAAUAAAAGUUCCUGCUAAUAUCAGUGUUGUCCCAUCACGCGAUCCUAUAACGAUGGUGGAAGGAACCGCCUUGGUACUGAACUGCACUGCCACAGGAUGCCCAACACCAAAUAUCACAUGGACAAAGACAGGAUUGAACACACCUCUAGUUAGUGGCAACGACUUCUUUUUGUCUUAU